AUGAACAUCAGAAGCCUGGAAAGGGCUGGGAGGGCUGGAAAGCAGGAUGGGGUGGUGGUGAGCCCGGGACAAGAGGAAGGGGUGCAGAACUGUGUCUCCACCCCUGACAGUAACUGGCCGGUGAUUAAGGGCCACAGCGUGAAGCUCCACAGGGUUUCUCCGCUACUCCUGCAGUGCAGGAUUACACACAGCUCCCGCUGGAUAUCGCAGGUGUUGGCCUCAGAGCUCAGCCUGCUCGCCUUCAUCCUGCUGGUGGUCAUGGUCUUCUCCAAGAAAUGGCUGUGCCUUGAGAGGAUCCGUUUCUACCAGCACUGGCCCACGAACGUCACCACCAAAAUCUACACGUCAGUUCACAUAAUGUCCCUGGGGCUCCUGCAUUUCUACAAAUUCAAGAGCAGUUCCAACUCAGAAUGGGAAAGUUUUAAGCUGUGGACAAAUCACCCAGCUUUUGGGGUGGCCAAGAUUACCUUCUGCCUGGCCUUAGGGCUGGGCAUCAUCCUCACCAUCUGGUUGCACCUGCCGUACAUACCUGGUCUUCAGAAAUUGUCCUUUUUUGGCUGGAUUGGGACUGUCAUGAGCUUCUGUGAAGCCUUCUUCGUUUUCUUCACCCUCAUACUGUUCCCUGCUAACGUCUGGCUCUUCGAGUUGAGAAAGAAUUUAUCAAUCCCCCUCUGCUGGAGCUACUUCAUUGGUUGGCUGGUGUUUAUCCUGUAUGCCAUCUGUGCAGUCCUCUGCUACUUCAACCAUGGAGAGUUCUGGUGUCUGAUUCUGAGCCAUCCCGCCAGCAGCAGCAGCAGCAGUUCCAGCUCCGAACAUGAAUCUCUAGAGCCCUGA